CAGAGCGCCGGGCUCGAUUGACACUGUCUGCUGAUCUGCUACUGCGGAUUGCUCAGAAUAACAAGGCUGCUCGCUAAUUCCCGUCUAUCGGGGCUUUCGCCGAAACACCGAGAGAGUAGGGUCCAAAAAAAGCCAACAAGGCAGGCAAGAACGCCGCGCCGCCGGAGUCCGCACCCCAGAAUGGCUUCGGGAGACCUUUACGAGGUUCACCUCUGGCCAAUGGCAAGAUGCAUCUACACAGCUCAGUAAAGCGCAAGUUGGCUGAGGAGAAAGGCUACGUGUUCGACAAGCGGCUCAGGUAUAAUGUGCGACAGAACGAGACUAACUGUCGGUUCCGAGACAUUGUGGUCAGGAAGGAGGAGGGCUUCACACACGUCCUGCUCUCUAGCCAAACAACAGACAACAACGCUCUGACACCAGAGAUCAUGAAGGAAGUUUGUCGAGCUCUGGGUAAUGCAGCUGCUGAUGACAGCAAACUAUUAUUGCUCAGCUCCGUGGGGACUGUUUUCUGCAGUGGCCUGGAGCCGUCGUACCUGAUCGGGCGUCUGUCCACUGACCGCAGAAAAGAGAGCAGCCGCAUCGCAGAUGCAGUACGGGACUUUGUAUUGGCAUUCAUCCACUUCAAGAAACCCAUUGUGUUAGCAAUAAACGGGCCUGCUCUGGGCUUAGGGGCCUCCAUCCUGCCACUGUGUGAUGUGGUGUGGGCCAGUGAGAGGGCCUGGUUCCAAACUCCAUGUGCAGCCCUCCACCUCACCCCCUCUGGAUGCUCUUCUUACACCUUCCCCCAAAUCCUAGGCGUAGCUCUGGCCAACGAGAUGCUGUUCUGUGGAAGAAAACUCACAGCCCAAGAAGCCUGCAGCCGAGGUCUGGUGUCACAGGUCUUCUGGCCAACCACAUUUAAUCAAGAGGUGAUGUUGCGUGUGAAGGAAAUGGCGUCAUGCAACGCAGUGGUUUUAGAAGAAUCCAAAUGCCUGGUGAGGAGUAUUCUCAUGUCAGUCCUGGAGGAAGUCAAUGAGAAAGAGUGCCAGAUGCUGAAGCAGCUGUGGUGUUCAACCAAAGGACUAGAGGCACUCUUCAGUUACCUGCACAACAAGACAUAUGAGAAGUGAUGAAAGGUUCAAAGGUUAUCUACAGAGGGACAUCCAAACUGAAGGAAUAGUUGCAUUAAGGGUCUUUUUUUCCAUCCAUCAGCAGAGGUGAUAUUCUGGAGUUCUGUUCUCACAACAAUUAAAGUAUUUGUUUUUGUUUUAAUGGACCCAUAACUGUCCAGAUGUUUAUUCUUUAGCAGUCAAAGAGCAAAGGGCCAAAUGUGCAUUGCUUAAAUACACACUGAAGGAGGUUCUUCAGGGAGGUACAGAGUGUUUCUGUACAUAUGCUAGACUUAUGCGUUUAUGAAAUCAUCAGGAUGUAUGAAAUCAAUGUAUGUCUGAUAGCACAUGACACAUUGACAAUAAUAUAUAUUAAUAUAUAUUUAUUUCAAGUGUGUAAAAGAGUUACUUUCUGUAUAUGUCUGUAUAUAAGAUGCAUUUUCAAGAUUUUCUUUGGUUGCUUGUUUUUUGAGUUGAAGUGUAAACCAAAGUUUGCAUGAGGACACCGUUUCUUGCUCCUUACAUGCACAUUCCAUCCUCUCUGUAUGGACUGAAGAAAACUGUUAGAAAAUUGGCCACAAAUGCUCAUAUAUAAUAUAUAUAGUGACUGUUCAAGACAUAUAAUCUGAAAAAGAUCAUGAUACACUCUGGAUAGAAUAAAACUUGGUUUCUUUGCAUCAAAUAAUUCAUUGUUCAUACUGUAAAAGUCUUUAUUACAAAGAACAGACGUCUUGUUUUCCAGUAACUUGUCAUCAUUAUCGUAAUCACAAUGAAAUUCCUUCUGUUACAUGAAAUCAAGAUUAAUGUCCAUGUACUAAUGAGACCGUCUGGUGUUAGUACAGGAAAUUUCAUCCUCAGACUGCCAACAUCCAUCUGUCUUUAGUUAUUUCUACCUGCUACACAACAGAUAUGACAAGUUUUAUUUAUUCUCAGUUUUUCUUUUAAGGCAGACUUGUUUGAAUUGAAAUGUACUCUAGUUGCAUUUAAAUUCAAUUUUCAAAUUAGAAAAUAAGUGGAAAUGGAGAACACUGGAAGUCACUGGAAGUGUGAAUGCUAGCCCUGAACGUAAAAAUGUGACCGUUGUUAAUCGAACGGCACUUAGGCUUGAGUACAAAAUGACUUGUUGAUUAAAUUAAUUGGUGGCACAUAUCACAUGGAAGGAUUAGCAAUGAAUUUUGUCUCAUUUUGUUUGAGAUACAUAUAGUGAGUAGCCUUACAUGCAGUACUGUUGUGGUUCAUAUGUAUAACAUGGCUUCCAGUUACCAGUGCAGAUAGUUACUGUGUGAAAUGCGUGAUUGUUUUAUGAAAAGCAUCAGAUAAUCAUGUUGAUAUUACCUGACAGUUAUUUUUAGUUGUGUAUAUUUUAAAGCACACGAAAAGAGAUGACAUUGCUUGGUCCUCAAGUAAUCACAUUGUGACUACACUAAUUGUCAGUGAUCAAUAUUGUGGAAAUGCAACAGUCGUGUAGUUGGAGUCAGCUUUGUCCUUAUCUGCAUGUGAUGAUUUAAGAUUUUAAGAGAUUUUACAUUGCAAUGUGUACUAUAUUUAGGGAUCUAUUUUGUUUUACCAAAAAAAUGUAGGUCUGUGAAGAUUGUUUUGUAAAAUUCAGAAGAUAUCUGUUAUCAUUUUUGCAGUUGUACACAUGCAGUACAAAAUAAUAUAUAGAUAAUAUAAACUGUUUUGUGUAACUAAUUGCAUGUAAUAUACUGUACAUAUUAAUGUGUUGCCUGUCUGAAUACCUUGUAUUCCAGGGUAUGUUUUGUACCAACAUUGUAAGUAUUGUUAGAAAUGGUGCAGUUUAUUUUUGUAUUUAUUUGAGAUAACUGUUUGGAUGUGCAGUGCCAUGUGGUCUCCUUUGCUCCAGAAGUACCCCGACUCUCUUAUUCACCCUUUCUAAAUUAUACUAUAAAAACUUUGAUUAUCAAAUGGGUCAGGAAAGCAGAUAAUUUAUACAUAUAUAAUUUCAAAGCCAAAAUGUGCAAACACUAUUGUUGAACUUGAAUGUUUACUUUUUUAGUUGACAUUAUCAAAUUAAGUAUUUUGUGGUAAAUUAUCAAAGGCGUGUCAGAUAAUUUAAUAUAUAAUAUUAUGUUUUACUGAGCUUUACAAGUAUGGAAAGAUGAUCAAUAAAAUGACCUUUAUCGUAUUUCAAGCAUGUAAGACUCUGUUAUCGCUCCAUGAGGUAGUUUAGGUCUUUGGCUAUUUGGCUGUUUGAUCACAGGGAACAAAUAAUGGCUUGAUGACGCAUUAUUGGAUAUUUUUAAGUCAUGAAGUCCUCCAUUAAUCAACAGCACACCUCCACAUAAGUUCGUGAAAAAUAAAACCUUCACAGUUUCAUUAUCUUGUAUCCUAUUUUGCCAAAUAUGUACAGUAAUCAACUACAGAACAGCAACUUAAUUCAAUUAAAACUUGCAUGUUUGGCAGGUUUGUGACAAAAAAAUCAACCAGGCGUAAAUAAUCACUCAGAUUUUGUUUGGGUUUUGUGGGGUUUAUUUAAUGAAAGUCCCUACAUUCACUUAUUUCACUAUAUUCUUAAUCUGUUGCUAAAAGAAGUUAAUAUACCCAUUUGUUGAUUAGCUUUAUGGUACCAAGAAGAGGUUAGAAGGACCUGUGUGAUGUGGCUACUGAACAGCAUCACUGAACACAAAUCUCUCAGAUCCACUGAGCAUUAAUCACACUGAUCUUUUAAGACAUGGGUCUUUAUGUAUUUAUUCAUUUUUAUUUAUUGUGUCACCGGAAAUAAAAAAAAUGCAUUUUACUUUGAUUUCUCCUUUGAAAUCAGAUUCCAA